AUGGUCACACAUUGCGAGGAAACAUACCACUCCGCUGCUCAGGGUGAUCACGCCGAUUGGAUCAGCGUGUUACCAGAUGAGAUCCUUGUUUGCAUCCUCUCCCGGCUACCGAUCCGUGAUGCCGCUACCACAAGCUGCCUAGCUGCCAGAUGGAGGCACCUUUGGAAGAGCGUCCCCAAGCUUGUAAUCAACGCCCGCACCGUCGGCGUGGAUGACAUCCAAGAAGAAGAAACCAACCGUCAACUCUACGAGGCACGCACAGCCGAGUUCAUACGGAAGGUGGACACGAUGCUGCUAACUCGUGGCACCGCCGGAGUUGAUAUGUUCAGUCUGUGGUUUCCCUAUUUGACCUGUGCCCAUGCCAACGAAGUGGACCGUUGGUGGACGGUGCUUGCCGAGAGCACGACCCGGGUGAGUCUGUUCGUGCUCCGCACUGCCCGCAAGAGUAGCAGAGAAGCCAUGGGAGGAAGCCAUGUGGAACCGUACGACUUCCCGUUGCAGAGCAUUGCAUCUGUGGGCUCCCAGAUGAGGAAGCUGUGUCUCAAAAACUGCGGCCUGAAGGUGGCACCUGAGAUGGGUCCAGCAAGCCCUUUCACAUUGAUGGCGUGUAUCAAGCUGGAGUUCGUCUCGGUGACCGACAUGGAAGUACGGAUCCUGAUUGACCUCUGUGGGGCCCUGACAAAGGUAGUGAUCAUCUGCUGCCACCGGAUCGUCCAGCUGCACGUCGUGCACGCACGGCUCCAGCACCUGGCUGUGGAGCGCUGCAAAAACCUACAGAGCAUGAGAAUUCAUGCACCGGCACUACUCCAGCUUCGCUACUCCGGUAGGCGGAUUGCAGUGGACUAUGUGCAUGUACCGCUCCUUCACAUGCUGAAGCUUCUCUUCGUGCGAAAGAACCAGUGCCCCCUGGACUGCCUGGGCGCUCUCCCUGGACUCAAGACUCUGUUCCUGCAGUUCCCAUCACCUGUUGCGGUGUCUCCUGAACAGCUGCGGCAUGACCGUAGGUUCGCGGGUCUGGAAACCAUCAAGCUUUUGCUUCUGAAUUCUUGGAGCGGCAACAUUGUUUCAGUCUCUUAUCUACUAAAAGCCUGUCCUUUGAUCAAAACUCUAAAGCUCGAGGUUUUGGGUGAGAAGCAAUCUGCAGAUCUGCCGCUGGCGAAGAUGGAGCCAGACAUCAUGUGGCCUGAGGGUUGCCUGGCGAGGAGUCUGCGUAGGAUUUCCAUCAGAGGGUUCGGUGGGGAACCGGAGCUGACGGAACUCGCCAUGGUUCUGCUGCGGACGUCACCUGGGCUGGUGAGGCUGCGGGUCCGCCUGCUUCGGUGGCGGAAGCACGGCGACGGGGAAAGGCGCGAGCAUGCGAGAGCCCUGGCGUUGACGAAGCUGGCCCCAAGAGUGCCAUCCAGGGUGAAGUUCACUGUUUUUUGAUCGACCUGCACUCGCCGACUCAUAUAGGAGCGCGUAUGAAAAGACCAGAAGCGUAUCAAAAAACAGUGAACUUCACCCUGAUCUGGAUGGCACUGUGUUCAAUAUUUGCGGUGAAUUUAUCGAGUAUCGACUACUAGUGCUUGAUGUUCCUACUCCUACCUCGGCAGCGUGUCGUUCCAGCCAAAAUUUGUAAUUAAGUUGAUCAGGAUGCAACUCACUCGCUAUCAGCUAGCUUAACUGUUAAUUCAGAUUCACUGGGCAGAAAUUGAUACUGUGUGCAAUGGCUGGUGUGGUUGUGACUGCUGAAUGCA